AUGGCAGGAGCUGCGAGUAUCCAUUAUCUUGGUCGUGCGUUGACCAAAAUCGCCUCCGGAGCUUUCAAAGGUUCUUCCUCUUCGGUAGCCAGACCUCCAUCGAAUCUCCGAACCAUCGCCAUCCCGCCGCCACCCGACAAACAUGUUAUGUUGAAAGUGAGUUUUUCUGAAGUUUUUCAAAAUAAAUUCACUGAAUGUUGUUUCGUGUUCUUGACUUCACUUAUCAGAAACUACAAAAAAUGCAUUCAAGCCAGGCCGUGAAGACGAGGACAACAUCUGAAAAAUUUUUUUUCAGAGUUUUCUCAGAUUUUCUACAGCAACUUCAAUUUUCGGAAUCAAAUAGCUUUAUUCAAUUUUUGAGAUUUGAUGUCUUCUUUCGGCCAUUUUAUAUUGAUUUAAUCGAGCAAAUUCGAGGAACUAUAUAAGGAAAUUACAUAAAAGUAGUUAUUUUGGAAGCAGAACGAUACAAGUUUCAAAAAAAUUCAAUUGAACAUAAUAUCUUGAUCAAUUUUAUUCUAUAAAUGAAGUAACUCAAGAUAUUUUGAACUCAUUUCCAAUACCUCAUUAUUAAUAUUAUACAGAGUUUUUGAAUCAAAACAGAACUCAAAGUACGUUUUUUUCGAACAAUGGAAAAAAAGCAAAAAAAGCAGAUUUAUUAUGAAGAAGAAAAAUUGAAUCAUAAUAUGCAAAAAAACGGAAAGUGAAAGACUACCUUGGCAUUAAGGAGCUAUUCAUUUCUUGGGAAGUGGGGCUUGACGUGCGCAGAUGAAUAGGUCUCAAUAAGGGGAAAAAAACAUGGGAUUUACGGAACAUUUAAGUUUUUUUUAAAGGUUUGAGACAUUUUUUUUCUGUUUAAUAAAAACGGAAAUUUCUUCAAGGAAGUAAAAUCAGGUCAAUGGUAACUAAUUACUUUGUGUCCUAGUUAUCAAAUGAAGAUUGAUUAGUUCUGAAAUAAAAUAAAGUUUCAAAAAAAGGUGGAAAAAAAGAAUGAGGCAAUUUGUUCAUCAAGAACAGAUAAUAAGGAAGUUUUGAAGUUUUUUUGAGUUAUUGAAAGUUCAGAAAAAAUGUAAGCAUUUAAAAAAAUAAAAAAAUGGAACUCGCAAAAAUGUUUUAGGUUCUCUGACGCAAAAACGUUUGGCAUUUUUUUAAACGCCAGAACUCAAAUACAAGCCAAAAGUUGAAACAUUUGUUUGAUAUUAUAAACCAGGGAGCUCUAAAAACCUACAUAUCUACGAAUUCUUGAUCAUUCAACAUAAAGAUCUUACUUUUUAACCCUUCAUUUUUGAGCGAUAUUUAAAGAAGAAUCAAAAAAUAGAAAACAUGAAGCUUAUACCGAGAAUUUUACUUUGUAGAAUUUGCAUUUUUCAGCUCGUAAAAUAGAUGCGAAAUUUGUCUUUUCUUUCCAAAACACUCUUCGAGAUUAUCUUUUAAAGUUUUCUACAGUUCAAAUACAUUUUUCCAGUUGAUAUUCGUGUCGGCAACGUCUCUCUACAUCGGAGGUCUCAUAGCCCACACCGGCGCUUCUUUCCUUGAAGACUACGAAAUCUUCGUUCCGGCUGAAGACGACGACGACGAUUGA